GCUCCCGGCACCCUGUGCCCUCCUCCAGCGAUGCUACGAGUGCUCUGGUUUCCUGUGCUCCUGGGGUGUGUCACUGCAGGAUCGGAGCCGAGUGACAAAUCAAACAUCCACUCCAGAGCGGGGCAGGACGUCACGCUCAGCUGCAGGUUCAAGCUGUCCUCAGACUUUGUGCUGAACAGACUCCGCAUCCACUGGCACGUCUUCCGAGACGAGGAGGGCUCUGUGGUGCACAGCUACUACGAUGGGGCCGACAGGCUGCAGGACCAGGAGGUGGAGUUCAAGGGUCGGACGAAGCUCUUUCUCCAAGAGCUCAGCAAGGGGGUGGCCUCCCUGAACCUCACCCAGGUGCGGCCGUCGGACAGCGGGGAAUACAGGUGCAUCAUCGUGAACAGCCAGGAUGUGGUCAUUGGGAGCAUCAUCCUCCAUGUGUCAGCGCCAUACGAACCCCCCCAGAUCACACUCCUUUCCUGGGAGGAGGGCGAGAUGACCCUGCAGUGCAAGUCCCGGGGGGGCUAUCCUGAGGCUGAAAUAACAUGGCACGAUGGGAACGGAAACCAGCUGAACCAGUCGGAGCCGACAGAACUUCGUCGGAGCAGUGAGGGCGUGUUCGAGGUGCAGAGCCGCCUGGCAGUGACCGGCCCUGAGGACAGCGCCUUCUGCUGCUCUCUGAUCCACGCCCCCUUUAAUCAGAACCUGAGCGUCUGUGAGAGAGUUACAGGUAACAGUGACAAGCCUCGGCCAGCGCUGGGUGCACCCUCCCUGAUACACGGGGUAGACAGAGCACCGCAGACAUGCAGCCACCUCUGGGGUGGAAGGCGGUAGCUGUUCUGCAGCACACAGCAAGGCAGGGAAGGGUUUCAUUUGGGCACAGGAUCAAACUUUGGCUUGUCUGAAAGUUGCCAGACAAUUUAACCUCGGCCCACAGCAAACGGCACCUUGGGGGUUGCAGGCUGCGUCUGGAAGGAAAAACCAGGAUGCAGUGAGCUCCUGGGACUCCGUUUUCCUCUGUGAUGGGCUGAGCUGAUGCUGCCAGGAAUCAAGGCUGGUUUGCUGUGAGAAGAGGCAUUUUUACAC